AAUGUAAAACACCAUAUACAACCGAUUUCUUUCAAAAUGGUGCAUAAAACAACAAAGUGUGGAGUUCACUCGGGGAAUACCCUGCGUGCGUCACACAGCAAAUACACCAAGACAUAUAGAAAACAGUCCUGUCUUGUAAGAAAAGUAAAGAAUUCCACCAACCUUCGCCUUCUGCAGGACUUUGGUAUUGGCACGGAUGAUGUAGCCUACUCCCUCAGUAAAAAAGGCCGCUGGGUCCUGCCAACAGUCCUGAAGGAACACAUACUCCUCGGCGGAUUCAGCGAGGAAGGUCCUAACGUUCAACUCACCGAAAAACACAAACUAAGAAAAACAGCCAACUGUCUGGGAUUUUACGCCUCUAAAGGACCAACCAGAAAAGCUGUUCCCUCUAAGAAACGAUAUUUCAAUAUCUCCAGUGUCAGGAAAGAACCCCACGUGACAAGUGAGGAAAAAGAAGAAGUAACUGAAGUUAAGGGAGUCAACCAAUGUUCUGAACCCGAAAUAAAUGUUGAAGUUUUCCUACCAACUCCGAUCACAAGCUCUCUCACUCACAACCAGAAAUACAUCAGACCUAUUCAUGAUACAGAUGUACAAUUCAGUACAAAGAAACAAAAACGAAAGCAGAGACAUCGUAUGCAAUUAAAGUUUGACAUGGAGGCCGAGGUAGAUAGCUACGAAGAUGAUUAUUGGGAAGAUGAGGAGACUGAAGGUUACGAUGAUGACCUUAUUCAAGCUGAGCAUCAGCGACCACGGGGUUUCUUUACAGCAGCUGAUGUCCUCAGAUCAGCACAAAAAACCAAACAGAUCUUUGAGAAGUCGACAAAGAAAAUGGACCAUAAAAACUACCAAGAUGAGAGAAACAGAAAAGGUAAACUUGUAUAUAUCGACGAACCUAACCUCACAACACAGAAUAAGGAAACUAUGGACAACAAACCAAUCGAAAAAAAUACACCAGACAUUGGUCAGCGUAGAAAAAAGCAAGCCAUGGUUCCAAGAAAAAUUGUUUUGUCCACCGAAGAGACAAGACCAGAGUUCUUGAAAUUCAUUUACGGUCAAAGGUAUAUGGAAUGCAAAACAUUUCCUCGCUCUUUCAUGAUUAACAUAACAGAUGAAGUGAAAUCUAUGAUGAAACAGAACGUUCGGAUGAUGUAUAAAGCUUUCUUAAUGGACUUGACAACUGUCCUGAUUUUCACGUAUGAUAUAUACACAGCCUCCUCUGAUGGGGAGGAAAUAUUCGAUGUACAUAUGAAUCUUAACAUUGACUCAGAAGUAAUAGAGUUAGAAACUCUUUUCGAUUUCUACACUGGAUCAAUGGAGUCCGUUAUUGGCCAGGCUGUCUCUCAAGUAAAAUCUUACUCGGAAAUGCAAUUUACCAAGCUGAAACAUUAUCCAAAAGGAAGCAAUGAAACAGCAUUUGAUGCCAUAACUCCAGGUCAGGCAAAGAGUAAUACGUCAACUCUAACAGAAGAAGACGUUUUCGCUGAAACUUUGCUGAUUAGCAGAGAUAGAAAUGAAUCCAGUGAACAGAUAGGCCUUGGAUUCGAGACUCUUCCACCAGAAAUAUGUUACAUCUGCUUUGAUGAAAUGAACGAGAACAGACCAGGAAUUGCGAUGGAGUGUUGCGGCCAUUGGUUUUGUAGGAGUUGCUGGAGAGAACAUCUAAAGCAACAAAAUUUCUCCAAGUUGCUUUGCCCUGAAUUCGAUUGCGAAAAAGAAGUGGACUUCACACUGAUUUUACAAGUUUUGAACAUUGCAGAUGUCCGGAAAUACUUGAUUCGUCAAAAGGAAACUUUAGUACAGAGCCAGUGCAAAUACUGUCCAAACGAAAAUUGUGAUCGUGUCCUCUCAUCAUCUUUAACUGAAAGUAAACAAUACAACACCAUCUGUGAGUGUGGAACAAAGUUUUGUCCUGCUUGCUUCAAGUUUCCUCACUGGCCAGCCCCAUGUGAAAUAUCACAGGAAUAUUGGAAUUUAUUGAAAGAAAAGGGAGUUGAUGUAAAGUUUAAUGCAGAAGAUGUUUCAUCCACGGAGCUCAAUGUACGCGGAAAAAGUUGUCCUAAAUGCAAUCAGUUUAUAGAGAAAGAGGGCGGGUGUUACACUAUGACGUGUGUAUGCGGCGUCAGCUUCUGUUGGGGGUGUCGUGGAAUUUACGGAGUAAACCACAAAGAAAGCGACCUCUGUGCCCAGUGGAAACACGGCGACAAAUUCCGCACUACGAAAAAACGCAUCUCUACAGAUCCCCUACUUUCACUGAAAAUGAAAAUGGAACCCGAACGUAUUCAAUUUGCAGUCAAUCAGCGCGCCGAAAGAGCAAAUUCCAAGAUAAUACUUAUGAAAAGGAAGACUCAUUAUUUGUGUUUAAGAAUUAGGACUCUGGGGCGAAAAUCCUUAGCAAAAGCUGCUGGCUUCCUUGAGGGAUACGAGUCAAAUGAGACCAACAUCUUGUCCAAAUUUAAAGAUUUCUUGCGAGACAUGAUUAAACUUUAUCUGGAAAUGCGACAUCUUGCCGAAUACACUGCUGUGUUUGCAAAACAACAGAAUCCAAAAUCACAAAGGAGUUUAAACUGUAUUACCGAGCGCUUGGAUGAUUUAGCUUCCCAAAUUUACGUGGAAUUCCAAAGGGACAUUGGCGCAGACCUGACGUGUCUUAUAGAUCGAAUGCUAUAUAUCAAAAAGCACUGCAUUCAUACUGUGUCUGGACUUGUCAAAAUUGUUGAUGAAAAGAAAUUCAGUUAAUUCUUUUUAAUUGAAAAAAAGAACAAUUAUAACAUUCAGUCAGAUCAUAAAAUAGUUAAUUUACAAUUGUUCAGAAAUAAUCAUUUACUUGUAUUUAAGGGAGUAUUAAAACAGAUUUUUAACAGAAAAUAUAGUAUUUGUUACCAUUUUUGACUUUGAUGAUUUUUAUCUCACAUCUCCUUUUCCUGUAGAAAUCAAACAAAAAAUCUGACCUAUCCCUUCUCAACUGUACCUGUAAUUAGUGACAAAUUAUCAAAGUCUGGUUCCAGAUUUGAAUAUUUGAUUAGACGUUAAAGAAAACUCUGGAAGUAUUGUCAUAAUUUCGCACAAUUAACAUAUAGACAAAUUAAUAUUUAUGAAGUAAUGAAACAUAUGGAGCUAACAAACAGUAUUCAAGAUCAAAAGU